AUGUCGGCUGGAGGCAGUAAACGCUACGGCAGUGGCCGUAGGGUCUUGUCACCUGGAAGCUUUGUUAGGAGCAUAGAGAAGAGAUCUGACUCUCGGAGUUCGUGGCUCAAGUCCCAUGGAAGGAUUUACGUCUGCCGUGACAUUCUGGACACAUUUAAAACGCUGAAAGCUCAGUGUGUCUUCUCCACCGACACUGCUUUGUUGCAGCAUUUGUUGUCGUUUGAGAUGCGAAGGCAACAAAGGUGAGAAAAUAAGACUUCUACAUUUAUAUUGCUUUUUAGUCUAAGCUGCAACGUCGAAUCUAACUACCUAUUAAAUAUUACUGUAUUUUAACAGUUUAAAAGCCAAGCAAGCCAUGAAGAAGAGUACGGAAGAGUCAAGUGCAGUACAACAACCCCAAGCAGGUAAGAUGCACAAGAUCGAUCUGGAAUCCCUGUUGAGGGAUGUGAGCAGUGCAUGUGGCCGGAACAUUUAUGGACACAGUCCAUCGGGAUUAAUUCUGCUUUCAUUGAAAUAAAAGUUAUAAUAUUUUGUAUAUUGUUUUGCAGAUGAUUCUAAUUUCCACACCUCGACCCCUGUGAAAAGAGGCCAGUAUGACGGUUCUGUCAUUGCUCCACCAGUGGAAAGUCCAGUUGCUGGAAUGGCUGGUGACAAUAGGUAG